AGGCUCCGGCAGGCGCCCGGCCGCUUUCCGCAGCCCCCAGCCCGCUCCGCUCCUGCGCCCCCGAGCCGCCUGCACCAGCCACAGCCGCCGCCCCGGGCCAGCAUGAGGGAGAUCGUGCACAUCCAGGCGGGCCAGUGCGGCAACCAGAUCGGAGCCAAGUUCUGGGAGGUGAUCAGCGACGAGCACGGGAUAGACCCCAGUGGGAACUACGUGGGAGACUCUGACCUACAGCUGGAGCGGAUCAGUGUCUACUACAAUGAGGCUUCCUCUCACAAGUACGUACCCCGUGCGAUCCUGGUGGACCUGGAGCCUGGCACCAUGGACAGCGUUCGAUCGGGGGCAUUUGGACAUCUCUUCAGACCUGACAACUUCAUCUUUGGUCAGAGCGGUGCUGGCAACAACUGGGCAAAGGGGCACUACACAGAGGGUGCUGAGCUGGUGGACUCUGUCCUGGAUGUGGUGAGGAAGGAGUGUGAGAACUGUGACUGUCUGCAGGGCUUUCAGCUCACCCACUCCCUGGGCGGUGGCACUGGUUCGGGCAUGGGUACCCUCCUCAUCAGCAAGGUCCGUGAAGAGUACCCCGACCGGAUCAUGAACACUUUCAGUGUGGUGCCUUCCCCCAAGGUGUCCGACACGGUGGUGGAGCCCUACAAUGCUACCUUAUCCAUCCACCAGCUGGUUGAGAACACGGAUGAGACCUACUGCAUCGACAACGAGGCCCUGUAUGACAUCUGCUUCAGAACCCUUAAACUGGCCACACCCACCUACGGUGACCUCAACCACCUGGUCUCCGCCACCAUGAGCGGCGUCACCACCUCCCUGAGAUUCCCUGGCCAGCUUAACGCUGACCUGAGGAAGCUGGCAGUCAACAUGGUGCCCUUUCCUCGCCUUCACUUCUUCAUGCCAGGCUUUGCCCCCCUCACAGCCCGUGGCAGCCAGCAGUACCGAGCCCUAACCGUCCCCGAGCUCACCCAACAGAUGUUUGAUGCCAAGAACAUGAUGGCCGCCUGUGACCCACGGCAUGGACGCUACCUGACAGUGGCCACAGUCUUCAGAGGCCGCAUGUCCAUGAAGGAGGUGGAUGAGCAGAUGCUCGCCAUCCAGAGCAAGAACAGCAGCUACUUCGUAGAGUGGAUCCCCAACAACGUCAAGGUGGCAGUCUGCGACAUCCCACCCCGGGGGCUGAAGAUGUCUUCCACUUUCAUUGGGAACAGCACGGCCAUCCAGGAGCUCUUCAAGCGCAUCUCAGAGCAGUUCACCGCCAUGUUCCGACGCAAAGCCUUCUUGCACUGGUACACGGGCGAGGGCAUGGACGAGAUGGAGUUCACAGAGGCAGAGAGCAACAUGAAUGACCUGGUGUCAGAGUACCAGCAGUACCAGGAUGCCACAGCUGAAGAGGAAGGGGAGAUGUAUGAAGACGACGAGGAGGAAUCUGAGGCCCAGGGUGCCAAGUGAAGCCUCUAGAGUUGGCCUGUGUCAAGUUUCUUACCAUGAAGGUCAAGCUUCUACAGCACCCUACUGUCCAGCGUAGUCCUCCAUCUUCGCUACCUGUUAGCUGAGUACUAGACAACUGCUAUUUAGUUGCUUCUGAUUAAGGGUUCCAAAUUUUAAAUCCUUCCGUAUUUACUAACCAUCUCCCCUCCCCAUCCUUGAGUUAGCGCAGCUGUAGCCCGUCCUCAUGACUCUGAUCAUGUCGAUGACCCUGAUGUUUGAUUUUCUUUUUCUUUUUUUUUACUGGUUUGUGUCGAUUUUUAUUUUUUUGGAAUACGUAAUAAAUGUAUUGCUGUCCAGUA